AUGUGCCGGGAGCACGCCGGGCCAGGUUGGGUAGAUGUCGUCCGCAUCGGAGGAGGGAGUGAGGAUAACACCACAGCGGUGGGCGACAGAGCGAUAGAUGCACCGGUGCGACGGGAAGAAACAACGGGGGGAAUGAUUGAUUGUCGUCGGUGUUCUGUUUGCGCUGCGGUCGGCAGGAGUGGGUGCAACAGCGACAGCAGCAGCAACAACCACAUCAACACCGGUGGCGGUAGCAACGUCGAUCCUGGGGGCCCCGCGGUUGGGGGUGGGGAGGGGAGUGACGCGAGAGCUAGCGCCGCGGGCGCCCUCGGCGGGGUGACCAGGCCAGGGCGCUUGUUGGGCAGGCCCAAGGGCGUCAAUGACCAGUGCCCACAUCCCAACAGCAAGCACUACUGCCACGGGAAGUGCAAGGUUUGCUACAUGAAGGAGUAUAACCAGAAGACUCGCAUGCAGGGUGCGGCGGCGCAAGCGACUUCAUCGCAAGCUACUUCAUCGCGAGCGACUUUGGCGCAACGCACUACUGCUGGCGAGGCUGUGCCGGAGGGACAAGCCGGUGGCACCACCAUUUCGGACAAACAUUGGCGCAGAACGGUGUCGAGCUGCGAGCACGCUGACGCUCCCCACUACGGGAAGGGCUUCUGCAGACCUUGCUACAUGGUGAGCGGAGAGGGCGCCAAGAAAGAUAGAGGGGCAUUUUGUGGUAGGGAGUACAACAAAGCCAAGCGGCGAGGGGAGAACGUGGUGCGGCUUAACUGCCCUCGGCCGGAGGCGUCGCCGUCGUCGACGCCCGCCGCCGCCGCCGCCGCCACCGGUGCGCCGGCGAGCUCCGCGAAAGAGGGCGGCAACGGCGUCGGUGGUGGGUCCUCCUCGUCUUUCUCUUGGCCGUCUUCCAAGACGGGGGGGAAGCUAGCGCUAGCGCCGACCCCACCCCCAGUGACGGCGGCGAUUUCGGCGGCAGCGGCGGCGGCGAUGCGGGCCUCUAGCUCCGUGCCCAAGACGACAGCACUCCCUCCCCCGAUUUGCGGGCGCUGCAAGCAGACGGAAAGGUCGUGGCCGUCUGUGCUCGUCUGCGACGGCUGCGAGGCCACGUUUCACCUUGGCUGCGCGCAUAUGUCCAGCCAGCCUUGUGGAGAGUGGUACUGCCCCCGCUGCACCUCCUUCCUGUUGGACAGCGACAGCGAGGCCGACGACGCCCCGCCGCCACCGAAAGAACAGACGGCAGCCGCAAGGGUUUCCUCUUCCGACGAGCGGCCGGCGGAGGCGUCGUCGGAGGCAACGGCGACGGUGGCGGCGGCGCUGGUGGCCCUAGCGGCGGAGGCUACGACUGCGUCGGAGAAGGCGCGAACGAGUGAGGCUGCGGCAGCCACAAGCUCAAGGGCGGUGUCCGAACCUGCCCCGGAGAAAUCACAAGGGGUCGAAGCUCCGCCCGCUCCUGGCCCGUCCUUUGACCCUGCUGUCGAAGGCAGCGCCGGGGUGGGAGGCGGAGGUUCUUCUUCAUCAUCGUCGCUGGGGAUGGCCACAACGGAUCGGGACAGCAGCGGUCCCGCUGCUGGUGCUGGUGCUGGUGCUGGCGCCGCCGCCACCGCCGCCGCCGCCGCCCCUACCCCGGGCGGCGGGGAAGCGGGAUCGGUCGCGGACGCUCCCGCUGGCGGUGGCGACGCGAGCGGCGGCGCCGCCGCCGCGAGACGUCCAGAGCGUCGAUCGGCUGCCCUGAGGACCCCCGCGGAUGGAGCGGAGGCUGCUGCUGCUGCCGCUGUUGCCCCGAAGUCAGUCGGAGGAGGAAGCUCCGCCCACCACGGCAAGACCGAUGCCGGCGGCAGGAGGCAGAAGCGGUGGUCGCUUCGAGGGGACGUGCGCGGGUGCCGGUGCCCGGACUGCGUGUCGAUCCUCCUCCAGACCGGCGGGUCGCGGCCGCCGGAGGCCUCGAGCCUGCUUGUGUCGGAGGAGGCCCGCUCCCUGCCGGCCCCCAAGAUCCCCGAGGGCACGGAGCACGGGGUAGUUAUCCCCCGCCGGGGGGGCCUGGGCGUUAAGCGGCGGCGCCAGCGCCGCUCCCCGCGGGACCCGUACGCCCUGAAGGAGGACCGACUUAGGGAGAGAGAGACGGUCCCGGCACCGAAACGUCCGGGGCGACCGCCGGGGUCCGCCAACAAGCCCAAGCCGGCGACGGGGAGGACCGGCACCGGGCGGCCGGUGGGCAGGCCGAAGGGGAGCAAGAACCGUGUUGUCGCCUCCAGCCCCGCCGCGAUCAGGUACGGCUUUGGCAGCAGCGGCCGAGAAGGUGGCGACUCCUUGCAGCGCGUCGCGCUUCCCUCCCGACGUGAGCUCGAGGUGGACACAAACGGCGGCGGCGGGUUGGGUUCGGCAUCUGCCUCUUCGGGGGAAGGGGGAGGGGGGCGGGCGGGGCUCCGGUCGACCCGGGGCCACAACAGGCGGAGGUUCCGCGGCGGCAGCGACGACGAGUGGAGUUUCGGCGGCGGGUGGGCUAGCGACAGCGACGGCGGCGGUAGCGGCAGCGGUAUCAACUACCGCUUCGGGGGUGACAAGGUCCGCCGGCGGAGGCGAGCCGCGGGCGACGUUAGCGACGAGAGCUACUCGAUGAGCGACAGCGGGAACAGCAGCAGCGGCGGCGACGGCCGGCGACGGGGACGCAAGCGGGGUCGAGGUAGCGCGGGCGCCAGCGCGGGCGCCAGCGCUGGCCCGGGCGGUGCCGGCGGAGUCGUCGUCAAGCGUGGUCCAGGCAGACCGCGGAAGACGGACUGCCCAGCGGGCGGGGGCGGCAGCGGUAGCGGCGGCGGUCGUGCCCGUGGGGCGGGGCUCACCUCGAAGCGCCAGCCGAAGGCCGCGGCGGCAGCGGCGGCGGGGGAAGGAGGCGAGACCGUUAGAAAGCGGGCCUCGCCGAGGACGUCGCGCAAGGGGGUGGUUACGGCGUGCGAACACACGGACCGACCGCUGUACUCGAGGGGGCAGUGCAAGCCGUGCUACAUGGUAGCCUACUGGAACCGCAAGCACGCGGAGCUGGGAAUAAAGCCUCGGAAGCACCGCUCGUCGGAGUGGGUAGAGAAGAAGCGAGAGCUUCAAGAAGCGGCGAGUAGAUCGGAGGGCGGCAGUGUGGGGUCAUCCGAAGGGCUGCCCAGCUCAGGGGGUGUCAACAACGCGAGCGCUUUCCCUGUCAGUAUCCCGGCGGAUAGCGCAGCGCGGCCGAGCGGUGUAGCGGCAGCAGCCACAGGCAGCAUCAGCCGCGGCGGGGGGCGCGAAGCGAUCAACCGGAAGGCCACCGGGGAUUCUGAGAACCGGCCACAGCAGGGAAUCAUUUCGGCGCCGCUCCCUCGCGCCGCUGGCCCGGGCUUGCCGGCCGGGGGCGGCGGCAGCGAGGCCUCCAACGGAGGAGGAAGCGCUGCGGCGGAAGACAAGACACGGCAGCUGGUCGCGGGGGUGGCGGCGGCGGUAUCUGCAGCGGCAGCAGCAGCAGCCGCGGCACCGGCACCCGCACCGGUGAGAGAGUACGUGUUUCCGCCAGACUUAAGGAUGGGGUACGCGGCGCGGCCGGUGGUUGCGGCGGCGACGUCCAUGGCGACUGCGCCUCCACCGACGCCAGCGUUAACGCUGCCGCCUCCGUCGUUAGCUCCGCCGGCCCUACGCAUGGCGACUCGAGCAAGGCUGUCGACCCUGUGA